UACUAAAAGAAUCAUCAUUAAACGAAUACUUAUAGCUUCAUCAAACAAAAGCUAAUAGAAUCAUUUAAGAAACACUAAAAGAAUCAUCAUUAAACAAAUAUUUGCUGAAGCAUCAAACAAAGAAGUUGCAACCUAAAAGAAUCAUCAAAGAAACACUAAAAGGAUUAUCAAAGUAACACUAAGAGAAACAGCAAACCAACGCAAAAAAAUCAUUAGGCAAACACUAAAAAAACUGUUAAACGAACAAUAAAAGGAUCAUCAAACAAACAAUAAGAGGAUCAUCCAACAAACAUUAAAAGGAUCAUCCAACAAACAUUAAAAAGAUCAUCAUAUACAGAAAGAGAACCAUAAAAAAAAACACUAAGACCACCAUUUGCCAAACAUUGAAAAGGUCAACAAACAAACACAAAGAAGAUCAUCAAGCGUACAAUUAGAAAUUCAUUAACAAACCAUCAAAAAAAUCAUCCAUUACAAGAUACCAUAAAAAUCUAAUUUUACAGAAUUCAUUGACAGGAAUCCCACUCCAAACUUACGGAAAUCAUUUUUCAAGAACAAUACCGACAGAGAUCAACCAAAAUCCCCAAUAAGGAAGAAACCUACAACCCUCCUGAAAUACAUGCAAAAAACAUAAACCCGAAAAUAUCGGGAAAACGAGAACCUUACAAAAGGAAUGAUAGCAACCCACAACCAGAACUCAUCCCGAGCGGGCUCUCGACUCGGACAAUUUGAAGACAACAAUAUAGCAUCACCAAACAACAAUUCCAACAAGGAUCCAACAAACAUUGUGGGGGAGGUAAAGGAGAAUCGCAACCAAGAGGCGCCACGUAGCGACGAAUCACCAAAACAGAAUUCCACCCCAAUGGCGAAUACAACACCAUCUGGUGGCGGCAUAGAGGAGGAUGAUGACGACGAGGAGGAGGAAGAGGAAGAUGACGAAGAGGAGGAGGAAGAUGGUGUUCGGGUAGGGGAAUUGGAUGAGGAGGAAGACGACGAGGAGGUGGAAUCGUCGAGAGAGAGGGAGAUGUCAGGUCCUGAGGUGGUGGCAACAACGACAACAAGUAAUGGACGUAGGGGAACAUCAGGGGUGGGAAUGGUAAUGCAGGACACAGGGAUGGGGGGAUCGGAGCUAUGUUCAAGUGGGGGUGGAGGCGGCGGCGGCAUGGGCGGGUACUGGAACAGGCAGAGCAGACCCUCCAGUCCCCGCAUGCCGCCUCCGGAGCAGCCGGAGACCAGGCCGAGGAGCCGACACGAGCCGGUGCAACCGGCAAGGUACAAUAACCUUGGAUAUUGGAGGGCUAGACGAGUUACAUUUUACAAAAAUGGGGAUCCCUAUUUUCCCGGAGUCGAGUUCAGAUUUAAACCUGGACGAGAUAUCGGUUCGCUGGAAGCUUUAUUGGACAGAUUAUCUUUGCGUUUGGACCUUCCGAGAGGGGCAAGACAUAUUUUUUCAAUGGACGGCGAUCGUAAACUCAAUCUCGACGAAUUGGAGGACGGCGCCUCUUAUGUUGUCUCAAGUUACAAAACUUUCAAGAUCAAAAUAUAUACAAGCAGGCCGCACGCAACAAAAAUGAACGUCUCGACUGGUCUCGACGAUUUCAAGUUGAUAAAAGACGCGUAA